AUGGCAGAUUAUUCGAUCUAUCAAGGCCCUGUGCCUGAAUGGGAAGAGUUUGUGAGGGCGACAAACUACGUCAAUGCCUCCCUUGAAGGCGUCACACCUGAACAAUUGCGCGAAGCCACCAAUGCCGCUCGCAUUCAAGCGUCUCGAGCAUUGAUAAGUUCACUAGGGCUCAACGACAGCGUCAUUUGGCAUGACUAUUCCAUCUUGACGCGCGACCAACAGAACAUCAUAGCUCGAGUCUACCGACCACGUCAUUUGGAAAAGCCACAAGGGCUGCCGGUCUUUCUCCAUUUCCAUGGCGGCGGCUUCCUCUAUGGCAACGUCGAGUCCGAAGACUCCAGCUGUGCGCGCAUCGUAGCGGCCUGUUCAACUCCUGUCAUGGUAAUCAACGUCAACUAUCGUCACACGCCCGAGUAUAAGCAUCCGACAGCACAUAACGAUGCGUGGGAUUCGUUCGAAUGGCUAUCCGAGAACAUUUCCGCACUUGGUGGCGAUCCCAACCGAGUCAUCGUCGGUGGUGUCUCAGCUGGCGGAUGCCUGGCCGCUUCGAUUGCCCUGCGAUAUGCUGAAGACAAAAUGAAAGACAUGGGGCAGCCUUCGUCUUCAUCCUCUCCUUACUGUACCAUUCAAGGACAAGUACUCUGUAUCCCGUGGCUUGUCCAUCCCGCCGUCCACCCUUCGGCCGCGGCGACUCUUUCGUCGUUCAAUCAGAAUCAGAUGGCCCCGGUCCUUCCCGCGGCAGCCCUCACGCUAUUUGCGAAUCUGCUCGGUGACGCUGCCAAAUUGGACCCAUACUUUAAUGUCGCCCUCGCACCAGAUGAGACUCUGGCCCACUCACCUAAGUCGGCCUUCUUAAUCGCAGGCCAGGACCUCCUGCGCGAUGAAGGAUUGUAUUUUGCCGAAAAACUAAAGAAAAAUGGUAUCCCUACCAAGACUGCCGUAUUUCCUGGUCUACCACACGGCUUCCGAAGAUUUCCAGAACUUCGGUCCACAGCGAGAUGGGAGGAAUUGAUUGUCGAGAGUCUUGAAUGGUGUUUGUGCGACGACACGACGUCCACGUUUCGGGUCGAACGGGUCGAGUACAACUGA